AUGGCUAAUGCGGAUAGUUCGGGUAAGUUUGCGGUCUGUUUUCAUUUCCAGGGCGACAAGUUUGACCUUUUCGCUCGUUCAUCAGCUGCUGGAAUGCCAUUCGUCAUCUCCACCAGCGUGAACAAAGCGGAUCCUGAAAUGCGUAAGCUGAUCAGGAGGCAUUGCAUGCUGGGGAGAAAUCGCGGAAGGAUCCUGCAUAGUAGGCGAAAGCCCAAGACGGUCGCUCCAGUCUCAGAGGCGGUCCCCAAUUCGCUUGGCUCAGAGUUAUCUUUGCUACGAUUUGCCGAUUCAGUAGAGCCGUCUACGCUAUGGGAGGUCUUGAAAUUUAUCUCGGCUUCGAAACGGAUUUUCUUCCCCUUGGAGCAAUGCUUUGAUUUCAACGUCCAGGACCGAUCGAUGUUCGAUCCGUUGACGUUCGACCCGGCAUAUCUUAAUGCCGUAAUGUUUGGAGCUCAAGCAUACAUGGACUUGGUGUCGGGUUGCUCCGGCCACCAGUCGUCAGCACACAUGGUGAAGGCAAUUCGGCUCCUUCGCGAGAGACUUUCGACUUCGGCCGCAACCGAACAGUCAUCCUCUGUUUCGAAUUCCACAAUACUGAUCGUCUUAACUCUGGCGCACGUUGCACAUUUGACCGGCGACCACGACACCGCCGAGCACCACCUGGGAGGUCUUUGCAAAAUGAUCGAGAUGCGAGGAGGCAUUGCUGUAUUCCAAGAUUUCCCUAAACUUCUCACCGAGUUAAUAAGGUGUGACAUCAGCAUUGCACUUCACAGGGGAACACCACCAGUCUUUGACUUCACUCAGCCUGUACUUGAACCUGUACAAUCUACUUUUCUCCUACAUCAACAACCACGGACCAAGCCAUAUUUUCCACCUACUCCUUGUCUGGCGGACGGUGAAUACCUCGACGUAACUGCCACCCAUCGGUGCACAAACGGUAUCACAUCAGACGAGAACCUAGCCGGGGUAUGGGCGAGUCUGAGCCACUUCUGUCAUCUGGUAAACUCAGCCGCGGACGACGGCACCAAGCUCAGCGACCGAAUCCUCUUGACCACCAUGAGCUCCGUCACGUACGCGCUUCUAAGAAUGAACCUUGCAAAACCCGACCCGGUCAACGAAGCGAUUCGUCUUGCGAUGCUCGCAUUCUGUUCACAUGUCUUCCUCGAACGGCGGGGCAUCCACCUUCCGAACGGCUACCUCUGUGAUAAAUACCGGACUUGUUUUGAGAGCCUCGACACCCACUGUCGGUCGGCGCGAGGCGCUUGUCACCUCGCGCUGUGGGUUCUCAUGAUUGGUAAAAUUGCCGUCUACGCCUCUGAUACGACAGAUGACUCUGCAUGGAUCGCGUCCAGGCUGAGAGAGCACGUUGGCUUGUUGAAUAACAAUAACAAGCGUUGCUCGUGGCCACGGCUCCGACUGACGCUCAAGUCCUUUCUGUGGAUCGACAUGCUACAUGACGCUCUCGGGAAGAUGAUCUUCGCAUCUGUCUCCUAA